AUGGAAGCCUCUGAUCCCACCACCACAGUCGAGCCACUGCAGCCAGCGUUCGUCAGCCGUCCCGGUCCUGUGGGUGGUAAUGGUGAUGAGGUCUUCCAAGCCUCUAAUUUCGGCAAGUAUACAUUUUUGUCGGAUCAUUCCAUCGCUGAUUUGUUUCCCGCUUCCAGUUUGUCACCAGAUCAACGAUCACUGGGAUGCAGCGCCACUGGUAUUAUGGAAGCCUCUGAUCCCCCCGCCACAGUCGAGCCACUGCAGCCAGCGUUCGUCAGCCGUCCCAGUCCUGUGUGUGGGAGUGGGGACGAGGUCUUCCAAAUCGAUUUUAUAGGCAACUCUAUGGCGGCGAAUCAGUCAUGUCUUUCGAGUAUCCGGGUAUACUACCAAAACGUUGGUGGUAUGAAUGCAUGCAUUGAUGAGUAUUUGUUGGCUUGCUCGGAUGAAUGUUUCGACGUGAUAGCUUUUACGGAGACCUGGCUUAACGAUUGCACCCUGUCUGUGCAAGUCCUCGGUAAAAACUAUGAAGUUUUCCGAACGGAUCGUAGUUCCAGCAACAGUACGAAGAGUACUGGUGGCGGCGUACUUGUUGGUGUUCAUCGUCGUCUAAAAGCACAACUAAUCCAAUGUACCAGUGGUAGUUGCGUUGAACAGGUAUGGGUACAAAUUAAGUUGGCUAGUUAUUCAACUUUUUUCUGUGCGGUUUAUUUUCCGCCGGACCGUACUCGUGACCUGCCGUUGAUCGAUGCCCAUCUUUUGUCCCUCGAAGAGAUAUGCUCUUACGCUUGUCCUGUCGACGAAAUAUUAAUCGUUGGGGAUUUUAAUUUUCCCAAUCUAAAAUGGCAACCAGCUUCGAACGGCUUUCUUUUCGCGGAUCCUUCGCAGUCAUCUUUUCAUGCUGGCAGUAUCAGUUUGCUUGAUCGUUACAGCACAAAUCUGAUGCGCCAAUUCAACCACGUGACGAAUGAAAACAAUAAAAUACUGGAUCUUUGUUUUUCGAGUAAAUCCGAUUCCGCUCCCAAGAUUGCUGCUGCACCCGUUCCUAUGGUGAAAUAUGUAAAGCACCAUCCUCCUUUAUGCCUUGAGAUAGAAGCUUCUCGGCAGUCUCAUAGCUCCAAUGUGGAUGGAACCGUCAGAUAUGAUUAUAAAAAAGCAGACUAUAGAAAAAUUAUCGACUUUUUGUCGAAUAUUGAUUGGAGUGAAGUUCUCGACAAAGACGAUGCAAAUCUUGCUGUUCAAACUUUUUCCAAUAUUUUGACGUAUGCUAUAGAUCAUUAUGUGCCGAAACGACUAAGUAAUGCUUUCAGACAAGCUCCAUGGCAAACUACUGAAUUGAAACGAUUAAAAUCAUCUAAAAGAUCUGCGUUAAAAAAAUAUUCCAAGCAUGGCGGGUAUGCACUGCGUGCAAACUACGUACACAUCAACUCUUUAUAUAAAAGGACAGCAAAACGUUGCUACGCACGGUACCUUCGGAAUGUUCAGAACAAAUUGAAGUCCGAUCCUAAAUCUUUUUGGAAAUACGUAAACGACCAACGAAAAGAAUCGAAUUUGCCUUCGUCGAUGGUAUAUGGGAUAAGUGUUGGAACUAAUCUAGAUGAAAUUUGUCAACUGUUUUCCGAAAAGUUUUCCAGCGUUUUCUCCAAUGAAGUGUUGUCACCGAACCAAAUCGCCCAAGCAGCAAUGAACGUUCCAGUAUCACAUCAGUUGUUGGAUACUAUCAGUGUUGACGAAGAUUCAAAACACAACAUGGGUUUACGCCGAAACGGUCCACGGCUACCAAUCUCUUGA